AAUAUCAUUCUAUAAAUAUAUUCCUUUUUAAUCAAUAUUCCAAUUUUAUCCUCCCAAUUCAACUGCCUCAGCCCUCUCCCUUGUGGUUAUUUCUGUCACUUCGCACCCCGUAAAUAUAGACACCAGCUAAAAAUUGUCUAAAUUCGCUCGCAUUCGCUGAUAAUCAUUUUUCUAUUUCUUCAAAUUCACAUCCCGAUUUUUUUUCUACACAAAUUUUUUCUCCGCAAAUCCGACGGAAAAAAUGCAUUCACUGUCUAGUCUUAAAGUUUUCACGAAUUUCACCGCCGGCACCAGGUCCUUCUUGCCGGUUCGCAGCUCCGCUUUCGAGAGGAGACACUGGCUCAAUUGUGAGGAUUCCGCUAGGAAUUUUAGGAUUGUAGCGUGUUCAGUUGACAGAAAUGGGAAUGGCGGUGGAGGUUCCAGCUCCAGUUCCGGGUCGGGUAUGGGUUCGGAUAAGAGUGCGAAUUCGUUUUUGUCUCGGACUCAAACUUAUGCUCUGUUGAAGCAGCAAAUGGAAGUCGCUGCUCAAUCUGAGGACUACGAAGAAGCUGCCAGAAUUCGUGAUUCAUUGAAGUCCUUCGAGGAGGGUGAGCCAGUUCUGAGACUUCGCAGGUUACUCAAGGAGGCUAUAACUGAAGAGCGCUUUGAGGAUGCUGCUAGGCAUCGAGACGAGCUAAAGGAAAUUGCACCACAUUCCCUCCUGAAAUGCUCAAGCAACGCAACAACCUUGGGGAUCAAAGUUCAGGUUAGGAGUGUGUACAUUGAGGGACGAAGUCAGCCUUCAAAGGGGCAGUAUUUCUUUGCAUACAGAAUAAGGAUCACCAACAACUCAGAUCGUCCCGUUCAGCUUCUCAGAAGACAUUGGAUUAUCACUGAUGCCAAUGGAAAUGCUGAAAAUGUUUGGGGGGUUGGAGUUAUAGGUGAACAGCCAGUUAUACUUCCUAGCACAGGGUUUGAGUAUUCAUCUGCUUGCCCAUUAUCUACUGCCAAUGGGAGAAUGGAAGGUGACUUUGAGAUGAAACACAUUGAUAGAGUAGGGUCACCAACUUUCAACGUGGCUAUUGCACCAUUUUCUCUGUCAAUACUAGGAGAUGAAAGUGAACCUUUCUGAAAUGUGAGUUUCCACUUUGAAGAGGCAGAGGAACUGCAGUCUGUUCCACGCAAUGUGCCAUUCAUCGGAUUGAGUGUUCAGAAAACUGUAAAAUAGAUUUAUUUUUUUUUUAUAAACAGUUAUACAUAUGUAAAGGCCAUCCCCGUUAAUGGGGAAUAUAAGUUAAUAUUUCCAUAAGUUGUUUGUCUAGAAGGUUAUAAACUUUCAUAGUUAUAUGUGGUUCUCUUGUUGGAGCAGUCAGUUAGUACUUGGCAGAGAUGAUCAGAAGUAAAUCAAGAAGGAUUUGUUUGCAAUUUGUCACUGUACUACGUUCCAUACAUGUAAAGACCAAAUUACUAGUAUUAUAACAAUUACAAGGUUCUUUUUGUGAGUA